CGUGAAAUCAAAAGUAAACCAAACUCGCGCUCAUAGUUUCUCGUCUGCAAAUGGCGGGGCGGAAGCAUCAUCACCAUCAUCCACCCUCUUCUCUUCCUCGCCUCGACGACCAUCGCCUCUCCUCCUCCGCCGCCGCUGCCGCCGCCGUCAGAGCCCUCGAGGACCGCUUCGAAACCCGCCGCCGCGAGAUCCAAUCCCUCCUCGUCGACAACCAGCGUCUCGCUGCCACCCAUGUCAACCUCAAGCAGGACCUCACCGCCACGCAGCAGGAGCUCCGCCACCUAUCAGCAGCAGCCGCCGAAGUGAAGGCCGAACGCGACGCCGAGGUGCGCCGGAUCUACGAGAGGUCGCUCAAGAUGGACGCCGAGGCCCGCUCCGUCGCCGCCAUGACCUCACAGCUUGAUCAGGUGCGGGAAGACGUCUGUGAGCUCGCUGUGUUGAGGAAGGAGCUCGCGUCGCAGCUGCUGGCCAUCGAGAGCGACCUCUCUAGGGCACGCGCCGAUUCGCAGCCGGUGCCGGCAAUCAAGGCUGAUAUAGAGGCCGUGCGCCUUGAGAUUCAACAAGGGAGGAAUGCUAUUGAGUUUGAGAAGAAGACACAUGCUAGUAACCUUGAGAACAAACGGGCAAUGGACAACAAUAUAAUCAUCAUGACCUGUGAGGUUGAAAAAUUACGUGCUGAGUUGGCUGACGCAGAGAAGAGGGCAAGAGCUGCAAUUGCAGUUGCUGCAGCUGCAAAUCCAAGUCCUGGAUAUCCUGCAAACUAUGACAAUCCUGAGAUGGGAUAUGGAGGAAUCACAUACCCUCCUGGUUCUUAUGGCAUGCAUCAGAUCCAAGCUGGGGUUGAUGCUCACCCUCAGUAUGCAUAUGGAGCAACAUUACAUCAUCCUUAUGACCUACAACAUACACAAGGGCCUAGAUAGAUUUCCAGCUAUGAUUUGGAAGAAGAGAAAGGAAAAGAAUGUAAUGUAGUAACAUCACAUUUCUUUUUUAGCUGAAUGAAGUGUUCAGUAAGUGCGUAUAAAUUUUGCUGAUAAAAUGGUUAUUAAUUUUUAGGCUUGUAUAAAUGUAUUACAGUUAGUGCUUAUUUAUUUUCAAUUGUGACGUGUACAGGUAGUCAUCGUAGUUUCCAAAUUUCCUUGUAUCUCUUUCUAGUUCUUUUUACAUUUUUUUCUUGAUUUGAUCAGAAAAAAAUAAAAUUCGGUGAGAUUUGUUGAAUGAA